GCUUUAAAAAAAACAAACGUCAUUCGUGAACUUCUUUAUCCCUACCCUCGCGCGAACUUUGACCAGCCAGUCUCAAACAGCGCGGGUACGGAGCGUACGUUCCCGCGUUAAAAAAAACUAAAACGUCAUCACGUGGUUCUUUAUAGUGGUACUUUCACUUGCGCCCCUGUUGACAAUUGCAUCACAGUACAGAUAACCAGCGACCAUGUGUCCAAUAUGGCCGCUGCACCUCAUCGUGCUGUACAUCCUGGCUAUGUGCCCGCUCUGGGUGCUCUGCCAGGCGGCACCGCAGCUCUCCGCAUAUUUCAUACCAGACCAGGUGUCUGUACACAUGGAUGAUUAUUUCAACGUCAAUGUUACUAUCAAUGGUACGGGAAUGCAAGCCAACGAUGAACUAAUACUAACGUCGAGCGAAGAUAAUCUAGCUAUAGCCAGUUGGGAGGGCAGAGACGGACCGUCGUACGUUCUCAGCGAGGAUCACGCCAGUACAGGGCAGUUCGAAGGGGUGAUGCGUGUCGACGGACUGUUUUUAGGAUUCAGCGAAAUAAAAGUGGCCACGAAACGCGGCACCGAAGAGUACCCCGUCGACAACUCGCUGUUGGUCACAGUACUGCGGCCAGAGCGAGUCAUAGACCGUAUAUUCGUCACCAGCGUGGCUCUGUUUGUGUCCCUGAUCUUCAUAAACUUCGGGUGCGCGAUGCACUGGCCCACGGUGAAGGAAGUCAUCAAAAGGCCUGUCGGGCCCGCCAUCGGAAUGUUGGGGCAGUUUCUGUUCAUGCCACUGAUGUCAUUCGGCCUCGGUUUCCUCGUAUUCCCCGGUGCCGACGACGUGUCGGCCGCCAUGCGUCUCGGCAUGUUUUUCACCGGCGUAUCUCCCGGUGGAGGCGCUUCUAACAUCUGGACCUUUGUGCUGGGAGGGAACCUUAAUUUGUCGCUCGCUAUGACUUCUAUAUCUACAUUAGCCUGCUUUGGAUUGAUGCCAGCCUGGCUCUUCUCCCUCGGCCAAGUUGUCUUCCGCAACGCGAACAUCGUGGUCCCGUACGCGCGCAUCGCCUCUUUCGUCGUGGGCCUCAUAGUGCCCUUGAUCAUAGGCCUGGGCAUGCAGCGAUGGACCCCCAAACUAUCCGCUUUCAUGGUCCGGAUAUUGAAGCCGCUGUCGACUUCGCUGUUGCUAUUCAUUAUUAUAUUCGCUAUUGUGACGAAUCUAUAUAUUUUCGAGCUCUUUACUUGGCAGAUAAUCGUGGCGGGCAUCGGGCUGCCGUGGCUGGGCUACGGGUUCGGGUACGCCAUCGCGCGCCUCCUCCGCCAGGAGCACCCGGACGCGCUCGCCAUCUCCAUAGAGACGGGCGUGCAGAACACUGGCAUCGCUAUAUUUCUGCUGCGGUACGCUCUGCCGCAGCCUCAGGCUGAUCUCACCACAGUGGUCCCAGUAUCUGUGGCCAUUAUGACCCCAAUCCCUAUGACCUGUAUCUACAUCUACCAGAAGCUGAAGGCUUGCUAUGUCAACCGAAACCAACAUAAAAAAAUCGUUGAACACGACGCAACCCCCAGCAGUGAGGCGCCUCAGCCAGUCAAUGGUAUCUCAACCAUUGAUGUCGAAAAAUAAGGACGUGCCGGUCUAAAACCAGGUCUCGCACUUUACCACAUUUUGUAAAACGAUAGACUGAACGGCUGAUAUGAAGUUACAUACAAAAUAAAUGGUAUAUUAAACUAAUUAAGGCCUAGUUUCCCAUCUGAGUAAAAAUAAAAGAUGAUCAAGGCCUAAUGUUCUGUAACUGCUCCUUUAGAAUGAUACGCGUACCGGCAAGAAAUGCUCAAAAAUGCGCAAAUGGUGUCUGAAGUGUUUACGCAUUUAACGAUACACUGCCAAUAUGAUAAGCGGAAUUUAAUUAUUAUUUUCUGUAUGAAUGAAUACAGAUUACAAAACUUACAAACAAGUAGCGAGCAAUCUGCAUUGGUAUAUUGCAGAUUUUAAGUUAAUAAACAUAUCAGCACAAUAUGACUAUUUUAAUAGAAUUUAAAUUGACCAAUCACGUAAUGGGAUCAAUUCAUUAAUUCAAACUUCGCAUCAUUCGCUCAGUUUAUCGUUACGCUGGCAGAUCUCGGCGUGGUGAAGUGUUGCCAGUCAAAAUUCAAUGUUGCCAGCCUGAAAAAGUGACAAGUAUUUUUGAGAUCUGGUUUUGCAGUAUAAUAAUUAAAUGUAAACUAAUAUUUUUCGAGGAUUACAGUUUAAAUUUUCGGCGCAUAUUUUGGUGCUCAAUUUUUU